GCCAGAUUAGUGUAACGGCGAGUUCUUCUUAAGGUGGAUUCAGGGGGUAUUGUGUUAAAAUACCUGACAGCUUAAGCAGUGCUACCUUAACGAAACCAAUCCUACCAGUCCUCGCAUUUUAGCGAUAAAAGUUGCUCAAAGUCCAAAAAGGCAGGAAUUGUGAGGUGUGUUUCUUCGUGGACGUGGAAAACUGCUGUGUUUUCAGUCCUGGUGACGUAAAACUAUGAAGAGAAGAAACGUCAAACAGAAACCGUCUGCUUCCAAACCGAACAGAACCCGGAACUCCGGCAGAAAAGAGAAGAAAGAACGGUUCCACCCGUGGAUCAAAUGGGGGUUACUGGCUGCCUUUGUUGUCUUCAUUGCGAUGCCUGUCACACUGAUAGUGAUGCCGGAAAUAAUUCAGCAGCUUGUGUACAAGUACAGACUCAAAGUGCCGUUCUUCGUGGAUCUGAGCCGGCCUGCUGACUUCUCCCUUAAUCACACCAUCAACAUGUAUCUAACCACAGAGGAAGGAAUUUCCCUCGGUGUGUGGCACACAGUCCCUGCACACCGCUGGGAAGAGGCUCAAGGGAAGGACCUCGCUUGGUACCAGAACUCUUUAAAUGAUGGAAGUCCCGUUUUCAUAUAUUUUCACGGCAACACACUCACAAGAGCAGCUCUACACCGAGUGGGAGUGGCUAAAUUACUGAGUGCGCUUGGUUACCAUGUGGUGGUUCCUGACUACAGAGGUUUUGGAGAUUCCACAGGAGAGCCAUCAGAGUCCGGUCUCACCACGGACGCCAUCUACUUGUACAACUGGGUCAAAGCACGCAGUGGAGACAGCCUUGUUGUCAUCUGGGGUCAUUCUCUCGGCACUGGGGUGACCACCAACACGGCGGUCAAACUUUUGGACCAAGGUGUGGUCUUUGAUGGCGUGAUCCUGGAAGGAGCGUUCAACAGCCAACGACAGCAGAUACCGUAUGAUCCUUUCACCUGGUAUUACUGCAAAUUACCAAGUUUGGAAACCCUUUGUUACAUGUUUGCAAAGCCACUAGCAAACGAUAAGAUCAUGUUCCCCUCUGAACAAAAUUUGAAGAAAAUGAAGAGUCCAAUACUUUUCCUUCAUUCAGAGGAUGAUCAUUUAGUUCCCAUUGAAAUUGCUCAUCAGACUUAUGAAGUGGCUGCAAAAGCGCAGAGUUCAGACCGAGUCAAGCUGGUGACAUUUGAUGGUUCUCUGGGAUAUCUGCACAACGGCUUAUACCGAGACCCCAAACUGCCAGGCAUCAUAAAGGAGUUUGUUUUGUCGUUAUAAAGUUGGAGAGAUGUGACUGAAGAAAGAAAGCUCAGGACUGCUGAUGUCAUCUGACCAAGCACUGCAUUUUUAUGCUGCAUUUUUUUCAUCAUGUUUUGAAUUGAUUACUUUUAAUUGCUGUUUUUGUAAUAAUUACCACUACUGGAGACUAGAUCUUAUUGGGUUGUAAAUCCACAAUACAGAUAAUAAGAUGAAAAUAAAAUUUCUAGAAUGAUUUAAUAUCUUAAAUAUGUGUUUUCUCCUUCUGCUUUCUAAACUUGAGAGUUCACAGAAGAAAAAAAUGUUGAGAUUGUGCAACUAGAACACAAUAUUUAUAUAUAUGAGAAAGAAAAUGAUUAAAAAAAACUAUUAUUCUAAAACAGGGAAAUUCAAAAUGUAGGAAAUACUCAUUCAAGAUUUCCUUUUACCUUCGGAAAACCUGGGAAACUGGUUUGAAGCUUCAUUUAAACUUGUGUUUUUUUAAGCAUUAAAUCAACUUCUGUUUUGUUUGAGAGGAAGUAGCUAUGAAGCAGGAACUGUCACACAAUGCAUUUGAUCAUUCUAUAAUUGAAUUAAUGCUGAUAUCUUUAUAUAUGCAAACUCUGUGAUAUGCUGAUCGCAUUAAAUGUGUCAUUGUGGCUGAGGAAA